AUGGGAGCAGCUGAGGAUGGGUGGUGGGUGGGGCGACGUCAACCGUCUUCUGUGGGACUGGUAGGCGGGACUAGGAGCAGCGUGGACCAAUUGUAAGCUCCUGGAGGCGGGAGGGGCGUGGCCCGGACAGGAGAAGGAAAUGGCGGCGGGGGUGUCGGGCUCCGAAGCUCCCGCACAGAAAUGCCCAUCCUCCGCCUGGUCCCUCAGCUCUGCCAGCUGUGUCCCCGAUGCCCUCCUUCUGCCAGGCUCCUCAGCUCUACUGUCUGCCUGAGGGCAAGACAAAGUAACUAUUAUGAGCUUCUGGGGAUCCGUCCAGAUGCCAGCAUGAAGGAAGUCAAACGGGCUUUUUUUGCCAAAUCCAAAGAGCUGCACCCUGACCGAGACCCUAAGAACCCUGCUCUGCACAACCAGUUUGUGGAGUUGAAUGAAGCCUACCGGGUUUUGAGCAAGGAAUCCAGCCGUCAGGAGUAUGACAGCCGGCUCUCCCUUCGAGAGCUACCGCCCUGCUCUGCCUCUGCCUCUGCCUCCAGCUCCUGGUCCUCAGCCGAUGCCCGAUACUGGGCCCAGUUCCACAGGGUGCGUCCAGAGGACUACGGAGGAACUCGGCAGAGGCCGAACCAUCACGCUCUGGGAUACUGCCUCCUACUGAUGCUGGGAGGCAUGGUAAUACACUACAUUGCCUUCAGAAAGCUGGAGCAGGUCCACCGAAGCUUUAUGGAUGAGAAGGACAGAGUUAUCAUGGCGAUCUACAAUGAGAGCAGAGCCAGGGCCAGGGCGAACAGCGCCAAGCUCCGGCAGGAGAGACUGCAGAAGCCCCAGAGCCCCCAGCCGCACCCCGAAAAAUGACCUGCGACCCUCUUCCCUUUCCGGCCCCCGGUCCCCGGCCCCGGAGGGGCUGCGUGGGCUGAAGGGGUGACAGGGGCCCGGUGCCCAUCUGGACCCUUGCUGCCCGUGUGGAAUAAAGUCAAUAAAGUCAUUGUCAGUGGG